AUGAAAUUUUCAAUACUUUUCUUUAUAAUUGGAACCACGAUUUCAAUCAUCAAUGCAGUUGAUUAUAAAUGUGAUUAUAACAAUCGAUACAUUUCAUUUGCUGACGAAACCUUUUAUGAUUGUAAAUUAGUAAAAGGAACCAUUGAUGAUGAGUCAGAGCGGGACGUUGAGAGCAUUACUGGAAGGCAUUUGAGGAAACUACACAAUUCGAAAGUUGAGAGCCUUAGCAUUAAGAAAAAAAUUCACACUUUAAUGCCGCAUAAUGUGGAAAGUUAUUUUGAAAAUUUAAUAUGUUUGGAUAUAUAUGAAGUUGGCUUGAAAGAAAUUCAUCAAGAAGAUUUAGAACAAUGUUUGCCAUUCUGGAGCAGUAAAAAAUAG